AUCUGACAGAGUGAAGAAGCUGUUAGAAUUCCAUUGAAGCAAGCAAGUGGAGUCAAAGGAAGAGGGACAAGAGAGAAGCUAACACGAAAGAAACAACUGUGAAAGCAGAGAUGUCGGGUGGCGGAAACCUUAACCGCGUGUUGGUGUCGGUUGAUGGAAGCGAGGAGAGCAUGAAGGCGCUGCGUUGGGCGCUCAACAACCUCAAGCUUCGAUCUCCUACUUCCGACUCCACGGAUGCUCCUUCUUUCAUCAUCUUCCAUGUUCAAUCUCCGCCCUCCAUCGCCACUGGCCUCAAUCCCGGUGCCAUCCCUUUCGGUGGCCCCAGUGAUAUUGAAGUGCCCGCUUUCACGGCAGCCAUUGAAGCACAUCAAGAGCGCAUCACCCGUGCCGUUCUCGAUCACGCCCUCGGAAUUUGCUCUCAAUUCAACCUCGGCAGUCAAGUCAGAACUCAUGUGGUAGUUGGAGAUCCAAAGGAGAAGAUUUGUGAAGCUGUGCAAGAUUUGCAUGCUGAUGUUCUUGUGAUGGGAUCUCGUGCAUUUGGCCCCAUUAAGAGGAUGUUCCUCGGGAGUGUGAGCAAUUACUGCGCCCACCAUGCUCCAUGUCCUGUCAUUAUUAUCAAGGAAAACGACAGUGUCAAUAAGAUAGACUGAUGCACCUCUACUAUGCUAUCGCAACUUUUGAUCAAUCCUGCUACAAGUACGUGUUAUCACUUUUUGUGGACAAUGCUGCUGUUCGUGUGAAAUUCUUGCAGUUAAGAGUGCUUACAAUUGUGCUGUUUCAACUUCUAUUGUUGUCGCAAUUGUUUGAAAGAGAUAUUUGACUCCGGAAGGUUUGUAUUUGUUUUGAAUUUAUACAAUGUUAUACAUAAAUGUUGCAUUGCUAUUGCUCCUUUGUCAGAGUCAGUCUUGUUAUAAACAACAAACUGGCCAUUCAUCAUGUACAGAUUCUCAAAUUGAGAGUGCAGCUUGUGUCGGCUGCAACCUGCAGUGUCUUACUCUUGCAUUAUCGAUAUUGUCAUGCAUGAAUAAACAUUUAUGUGAUUUAUGAAAGAAAUUUAUAGUGCCAUGGUACUGGUUGAUUUAUUUUUAGUGGGAAGGGAUAUUCAUCUA